CAGCACAAAAAGUUGGGAAAGUCCUGACACCGUUACACUGCUGAAUGCAGCCACUUCCUCGCCCCGUGGAUUAUAAAGCCAACUUUAUUCAGGAGAGCCACCUACUUAAAAAAGUCUCUGCUGCUACGCCAUCAGACAAGGGCGCUUCAACUCCACUGCCUGAGAUUCGACUUUACCCAACACCUGAAACCUUAACAGAGAUGAAGGGUUACAUGAUGCGGUUUGCUCUGCUUCUGUGCAUCUCUAUUGCAGCUUCUGCCUCAAGUCAGACAUGUGAUCCAAAGGAGGAUAAUGACAACCCAUGGGUGCACGUGCAUGAGACGCUAAUUGGCUGCUGGACCAACUUUGUUGGAGCCGACCGGGCAGAGGUCCACAUCCUUAACCUGAACUUUUCCACCACGACUGGCAAAGUGUUCAAUCUCGAGAUGACCAAUGCAAAGCCAAUGAACCUUAUCCUCACAUCGGCAGACACGGGUUACGGCCUGCACAACCUCAACGCUGAAGUUCACAUCUAUAUACACAAUUUAUCCACAAUUGCGCUACACGGGAACCAACAUCACAACAAUGUCCACAGGCAAGACUUCCCCACUCAAGAUGAGGAGCUGGUCAAGUGGGCAGUGCAGAAGUUUGGGGGUGUGACUUCAUUCACUACUAUUCGACAUCUGAAAUCAGUCACAUGGACAGGAGCACAAGGAACAAAACCCGGCUCCUCGAACUGCGUGCUCAAAAAGGAAGACACAUCAGAGAAACACUUCAUGGUGAUCGAAACGGCGCCCUCGUUCAAAUCCUGCUCCCCACAAGCACAGAACCCCAGUGGUGAAGUUGGUCUUCAUAUCAUAAACAUCCCAGAGAGUUCCAGCAUUCGCAAUGUAUCAGUGCGCGUGGACACAACGGAGACCAGUGUGUUCCUGAGGGGCCCUGAAGGCACCACAUGGACUUUUCUCAACCCGCAACACACAAAGUUUGGUUCUAACAAUGACAUCCUGCUGCCCGCCAUGAAACUCAGAAUCCCUCCGUCAGUUACACUGAGAAGUGACAUUGCAGUGGAUGUGCAGAGGAAGGCUUUGGAUUAUUUUAAAGUCACUACUUUCACCAGUUAUACUGAAAUCAAACCAGAGGACUCCAUGAUAUUCCUAGUUCUUCAGAAAAAAGACAACCCAGCAGUUGCAGCAACAACUCCAGAAACUGUCAACCCCAUUACGACUAAUUCCCCUCAUCAGAUGCCCCUGCUGAUGCAGCUCUACACCUCCCCAGACUACCGUUCACCCCUGGACCCCAACACUAAGGUUCAGAGUGACAAGAGAAUUUAUGCAGAGAUUUCUGGCCACACUUUGGGGGGUAUUGUCUUGACUAUCAAGGUGAUCAGCUGCUUUGUGCGCUCUAAAGGCUCCUGCCCUGUGGUGAAAGAGCUGCCCUUCAUUUCAGAGGCCUGCUCCUUAAAUUCCUGUCCGAACAGCACUCGGCUCAGCUUCUCUUUAGAUCAGCUCCAGGAGCUGACAUCCACCACGUGGGACCUUGAAUGCUCUGUCAAACUGUGCUACAGUGAGAAAUGUGGAGAUGGAGGAAGAGUGAAGAGGAAUCUGGAGGUGACUCAGCCGUGUCUGCAACCACCAACUCCACCAUGCUUUGAUUUUGGCCUACCAGGAGUUCUGGGAAUUGCAUUUGGAGGGUUCCUGAUUGGAGUAUUACUUAUUGGAGCACUGUGGUUUAUCAAAAUUAAAACAGGGUACCCAACUGGACUGGAUAUGAGCUCAACUGCAGCCAGUCUUCCAGGAUGUCCCUGCUCAGGAGCGAAGCGACAACCUGUUUCCACUAACCCUUCACCUUCUGAGAACAGCAGCGCCAACGCUAGCAUCGGAAGCACCCAAAGCACGCCGACCAGCAGCAUGGCAUGAAAUUAUGCUAUUUCCUACCAGCAGGGCCGCCAUCUCCCUUGAAAGUCAGCUAUACGGGUUUUGUGCUUUUUCUUUUCUCUAUUAAUGCUUAAAAAGCAUUUCUCCCCCACCUGCCCUCUUUGAAUUCUUACUUAAAAAAGCACAAGCCAUGUCUUUGACAUACCACGUCUGAAAUGGAUGUGAUCUGGGAGUUUGUAAUUGUGGGUGGGGAGGCCUGGAUGACGGCUAACUGAAGUCUAAUCAUUGGCUUCUGAUGCUCACCUUUGCAGCCUCUCUGUAAAGUCGAGCUCUCAGACAGGAAGUUAAAAAGGGCAAGAGAAAAAAAAAUUGGCUCCCAGCAACAGGAAAAACAAACCAUAUCCCCCAAGAGCUAACAGGAAAUUCACCGCAUUCCUUUGAAUGAAUUGUGCUUGUGUGAUGGCAGCACAAUAACAGUUAGACAGGAGACAAACCAGUCAAAAGACUCACUUUGAAAAACAGAUGAAAAGCUGUUUUGCAUUCACAUCUAAGCAACUAAAAUAUGAAGGUUGGUCCAAAAAACGUCUUUAACAACAUCUUGCAGACUGAACAGAUCCACACAUUGAGAUCUUAAACCAGUCAAUGUAAUGGUCACUUCAAGGACUAUUUGUCUUAAUUGGAGUUUAAGGUUAAUGGUUAACAGCUACCUCCUAUUAUUUAGAAAUCUGGAGCUAAGUUUGAACUUAAAACUAGAUUUCUCUGGUGAAUUGAUUAUUUUCUGCCUGUUUAAUUUUUUUAUAUUCUGUGUCACUUUAGGUGAUUCUUAUUGACCCACUGGGUCCUUGUCGCUCACAAAGUAAUGGUGCCAUUUUUAUGCUGUCCAAUAAGUGUAUCAGAGCCCUUAUAUUAAUGGCAACUUUUGCCCCGAGUGUUUAGCGGAAGUUACAGAGAAAUGUACUUCAUUUAUCAAUUAUUCAACAUAACCAAUCUGAAGUUUUUUUUAUGGCCCAAAGGUAUCAGCAAAUGUAUAACCCAAUCAGAGUCUUAUUUAUGUAAACUCAGAAACCACCCCUUUUGAAGUCUAUAGUACCACAUGCAGAGAUGUAUGGCUGUAUUCAGAGCUGAGCAAUGUACACAAAAUGAAAAACAACUUCCAAAACUGCACAUCAGUUUUCUAAUAAAACAUUCAGAUAUGGACUAUUGCACCACUCACCCAGCUAUGACCACAGGGUGGAGUUUCCCAAAAAUAGUCUCUGAGGUAAUAGUCUCUGAGGUAGAAUUCCAGUAGUUUUCCUUUGGCACGAUAUCCAUUCUCACUAGAAUCACUCACUAGAAUCAAUUUGCUGUAACCACAAUUUUACAACAGAAAUUUCCUGUCUGUGCAAACACACAAAAAUACCUUUAUGUAUUGCAUUAAAAUGUUUUCAGACUGGUUUAAUCAUCACUUUUUAAGCCCAGAUACAUCUAUGUAUUCUACUUAACAUUAAAAAUUAUGACUGUGACAUGAAGUUUGCUUCCUCUUAGUCAUUAUUUUCAUUCACAAUGUAGCCAGCCACUAAAGUUCCCCACUAUUUUGUGAUUGAUUAUGAUUUAAUUCCUUUAAUGGAUGUUAUGAAUCACCAGGAUUUUCCUUUGACAAACAAACCAUUCCUACUCGUUGAAGAGGCACCACCUCAGUGAGACUUAUUUCUCAAAGGGGGAAGCUUAGAUACAAUGGGUAGAUUAUAUCAAUCUAUCUAGAUCUAAAUUCCCUUCCCAAUAAAAACUUCUCUCAUUUAACUUUUCAUUUUUAACUUUUGAACUUUAACUGCCAUUUAAGUCAGCUCUGAAUGCAACCAAUUUGCACUUUGUACAUUAAUCAAUACACACCAUGAGUCAUCAAACUGUUGACGGCAUCAAAACCGUUUUAAGAAUUCAAAUCUGGCUUUAUUUUCAUUUGUCACAUAAUUGUAAUGAUGUGGAAACUGUCAUUUGAGAGCAAUUAGUUUGUUGUUAAAAUGAUUAACUUCUGCUUUCUACAUCUGAUGGGCUGCAUCAGCCACUGCAGUGCUAAUGCUAGACAUAAGCUACAUAAUUGCAUGAUGGAGACUUUCAGGAGGGUUACAGUCACAGAUUGACGGUUGAUCCGUGAACCCACUUUUUUUUCAAUGUACAUAUUUAAAUGUUUUUAAUAUUUUUAUUACCUCUUUAAAAAUAUUCCCCACAACACAUCAAGUCUUGUUGUUAUUUGCAUGAUAUACAGUAUAUAGUCACAUUCCAAAUAGUUAAUCACCUUCUGAUUCGGGUUGUUAAAAUAAUUUAUUCACCUUCAGACAUAACAGGAAAAAUGUUCCAAACCAACUGCAUUUGUAAAACUUAUUGUCUCCUCAUUGUAUGUGAGCUGCGUAGCAUAUUCCCCAUCCUUUACAACUCAUUUUGUGUGCAUGUGCAUUUUCUCUGUGUGUGUCUGAUUUCCUUUGUGUAUUGCUACGAAGGCAGAGAAUAAAGAGGGCCAGUACAAAUUGCCACUUGAGUAUUUGUGCAAUAUGAUGAGGUAAACUUGUAUGUAAUGUCUAUAUGUCAUUUUUACCAUGUGUUUUUUUCCUUAUUUUUGUAAGUGUUGUAUAAUAUUCGUCCAUUUCUUAACCUGAUUUGUUCUUUCAUAUAUUUGAAGAACUGGGACAAUUCUUAAUCAAGGCACUUAUCAAAUGCACAACAUUAGUUUUGUAUAAUUUUCAUUUUUUUUUUUUUUUUUAGUCUCAUGUACUUCAGAUCACACCGUAGUAGACAGUACGUGUUACAACACACGUCCAAGGCAUUCCACUGGUUUGUUGGUUUUACCCCAUUUGACUUUUGUCCUCACCGUAAGGUUCCCCCUGCAGUCCAAAAAACACUGCAUAUCUCUGCUAACUGACAUCCUGACAUUGUACUGUGUUCAUUGUGCUAUCUUCAGUGGGUGUUAUGGGGAAGUGCAUUCUGAAUUCUUAAGACAGGAUGUCUCACCAUAAAGUCGCAUCCCAGUUAAUAUUCAGCACUCUGGCAGUUAUCAGGAUGGAGCCACAUGUAAAAUAGGAAAAAUGCAGCAAUCAGUGAGAACUUUUUUUCAUUUAAUUUUAGGAUGCGGUUGCAAUAUUAGACAUAUUCUUCUUUUUUAUAUGACAGGUAUUCUAAAACCUGCGCCAAAGCAGCACUGGUGACUUGUCUGAGCACCGGCAGUAAAAUCAGACAGGUUGUCAAUUAAUUCAGUUGUUAACCCUGCAGAUCUGUUUGUUACCUCUACAAAAAAGCUUCUCAGACACUUUACACAAAAUGUGUGUGCCUAUUUGUGCACAGUAUACAUACUGUGUGUGUUCACAUGUCUGUAUGUAGGUGUACAAUAGAAACUACAUUUAUGCGAGCAGAUCCUUCCUCCAGACCCACGUCCAAAUUCUGUAUUCUUCCCAAAAACUCAGAAGUUGCUACAACUUGUCAAAAUCUCUGCUUUUAUUUUAUAAUGUAUAAGAUGCAGUGUUAUUUUUGAGCUAGAGUGGGCAGCCUUUUACCAUUUAAAAGGGGUCGUUUUUGAGACAGUACUCUACUGAUGCCAUGUAUUUCUAUGUUGUCUCAGAGAAACAUAUGUUUUGUCUAAAAUCAUCCUAAUAAAGUGAAUUUGAUACGCA